AUGUCAUCAUUACCUGCGAUGCAUACAUUGGAAUUGACAGAAAUCUAUCUCAUUCGUCAUGUCUGUAUAGCUUUACUUAUUUUCGGUACAUUGGGCAAUAUACUUAAUUUUUGCAUUUUCACACGGUCAAAACUUCGUUCAGUUUCUUGUUCAUGGUAUUUUGUUGCAGCAACAUGUAGCAAUUUUAUUGCACUUUAUAUGGGAUGUUUAAUACGUGUCUUAGCAACAUUUGACGUUAACCCUCGAACACCACUAGAAUCAGCUAUCUAUUGUAAAGUUCGCUCCUAUUUCACCUAUGGUAAUUUAUCUUUAUCAAUUUGGCUUGUAGUUGGGGCUUGUAUUGAUCGAUGGGCAUCAAGUUGUAUCAGUGUACGCAUACGAUCAAUUAGCCGUGUUAAAAUAGCUAAACGAAUUAUUUUAAAUACUAACAAGAAACGUAAUGGAGUUGACAUCGGAACUACUACAGUAUCAGUUGGUGUUGGUCGAGAUGUAACAUCAGCAAUGAGAACUAAACAACAACCAACAAGCACAAGCAUAGGUGAUGAAUGUACGUAUGUAGGUGAUAUAUAUGCUGAUAAAAAGCAUGGUAAAGGUAUUUUAUCCUGGUCUGAUGGUCGAAUAUAUAAAGGUGCAUUUUUUGCUGAUAAACGACAUGGUUUUGGUACUUUUCAAACUUCAGAUAUUUUAGAGUUUAAGGGUCUCUAUCGUCAAGAUGAACGAUUUGGUCCCGGUAUUUUAAUGUAUAAAUCUAUCCAAAGUGCUGAUGUAGGUUUCUGGUUAAGUGAAGAUCUUGUUCGUCUUCUUUAUCCACAUCCUACGCUUAAUUUUGAUAUUGAUAUAACUGAUAAAAAAUUUCCAAAUGAUUCUUCAUUUAUUAUACCAUCAUGGUAUUCAGCUCAAGAAUUACUUACAACUUCAAUUGAUCUUGAUUCUAUGUUAAAAAAUAAAUCAAAUGCUUUAUUUUGUAAACGUAUUGAAGAUGAAAAUGUUUCUUUAACUCGUUAUUUAAUUGAACGUUUGGAUCGAGUUGAUGAUGCUAUGCAUGAAAAACGUGCACAACUUGAUGCUUAUUUAGCAAGUUUAAAUAAUGAUGAUUUAUUAAAAGACAUAUUUUCAAAUGAAAGAAUGCCUGAUAUUUCACCACCAAAUGAAACAUAUGAACAACGACAAUUAUUUUAUUAUACAAAUAAAUUUUGGCCAUUAAAACAACGGGCAACAUUUCCUAUUGAUGAAGUUUUAUCAAAUAAUCGUUCAUCUUUUCCAAAUCCUGGUCCAUUAGAAAAUUCUUCAUUAUCUUUAUUGGAAUCAGCAUUUAAUGGUCAAGCAAAAACUGUACGUGAUCUUCUUAUGCAUCGUCGAGUUUAUGUUGAUGUCUGUGAUUCUCACGGUUUAACUGCUUUACAUUUUGCUACAUAUAAUGUUCAUAUUAAUGUUGUAAAUCUACUUCUUGAUUUUGGUGCUAAUGUUAAUCAAUUAUCGGACGAUAGAUUGACUCCAUUAACUAUUGCUUUUCUACUUUAUUAUGGAAAUGAUCCACAACAAACAAUUAAUACGGCUUUAGAACAUGUAGAUCCUAUUGUUUUGACUUCGAAAGCUAUAUCUGUAGCAGAUACAAGACGAUCAAGUUCAAAAAAUAGAGGAUUACAAAGUAGAGCAACAACAAAUACUCCAAGAAAUUUAUUAAGUCGAGCAAGUACAAUCAAUGAAGAUCCAUUUGUUGCUUCAUUUGAAUCAAUAAAAAUAAAUGAUAUAGAUCAGAAAAAUUCUUAUGGUUACAAUAUUUCUGAUAAUCUUCGUGAACGUAUUCAAGAUGAACAUUUUCGAGAAUCUGUUUGUUCUCUAAUCAAACUUCUACUUCGUCGUGGUGCUAAUCCUUCACUUAGUGAUUGGCCAUUACCAGUUCUUGCUCUUGCUGUUCGAGCUGGUGAUAAAGAUAUGGUUGAAUUAUUACUAAAGAAAAAAGCUCAAGUUAAUUGUCGAUUAAAUGCUGCUCGUCAUGCUUCUUUAACUCCAUUACAUAUUGCUUGUGGUUGUGUAGCACCAAAUGCAAUCGAUAUUGUUCGACAAUUAUUAGAACAUGGAGCACAAGUCAAUGCAGAAUCAUUACCAGGUGGUCAAGAAUAUUUAUCACUUGCUGAUCCAUUAAUUGUCGAUAUAUAUAGAAUAAAUGAAGCUGUUCCACAUGGUCGUACUCCUUUACAUAUAGCAUGUACUCGUGAAGCAACAGAAGAUACAAUCUCUUUAGUUCGUCUACUUCUUGAAUAUCAUGCUGAUCCAAAUGCUGUAUGUAAUGGUCAAACACCACUUUCACUUGCGAUCAUUAUUGGAAAUGAACCUUUAGUUAAUUUACUUAUCAAUCAUGAAUCAACGGAUCCAUCAACUUCCCUUGGACUAGGAAAUGGCAAUGUAUUAUGUACUGUUUUAUCAACAGUUCAAGAACAUCGAUGGACUUAUGCUAAGCGAAUAGAAUUAAUCGAACGUCUCAUGGCAAAAAAUCCUAAAGUUCUCUAUCCUAUUCGAUUUGGUCCAAAACAUACAUUAGGAUCAUCAGUUGAUUAUGCUUAUCAUUCUUUUUUUGCCGAUGCUCGAAUAUCACAAACUCCAUAUCAUUCAUUGUCACCUCAAGAACGGAUUAUUUACAAAGAAAGAAAAGAAUUACUUGUUUAUAUAGCUAAACGAUUUCGAGAAGAAGUAACAAAACGUGAAAACUUUUUGCGUUUACCAACACCUGUAACUGGUAUACAGAACAUUCACACAUUUUACUGUGUUAAAUUCAUUAGUUUUUUUUGUCAACCUACAGAACGUCCAAGUCGAACACCAAGUGUAACUAUGUUUUUACAACGUACAAUUUCUCGUAGUCGAUCAUUUAUGACAGAAAGAUCGGGUGAUAUUAAUUCAAAAAUAAGUAAUGAAUUUCAUUAUUGUGCUACAUGUGGUCGAAGUACAGGUGUUCGACUUACACUUUGUAAACGAUGUCAACAAGUAUACUUUUGUUCAAAAGCAUGUAAAGUAGCAGGAUGGAAUGCUUUUCAUCGAGAGGAAUGUCAUAUACCAAAUCAAAUCGAUGAAGAAGAUCGACUAAAUACAACAACAAUGACAAUGUCAUCGAAAAAUAGAGUAUGUAUUGAAUUUCUUAAGUUACCGAGUCUUCGUCCCAGUACCCAUCAAACCGAUUUUACACAAUUUCAAAGUGUUGAUACCAGUGGAACACGUGCUGAGAAUUUCACAGCUUUGGAUGGUGCUUUAUUCAAAGAAAAUGUUUUAUAUGUUCAAACUCCGCCAAAUACAAACAAAAAUAGCCGAUUACCAACUCUUUCAGCAGCAAAAUUAAUACGUCAAAAACGAUUGAAAAAAAUGGGAAAAUCAAGCGGAAAUUUCCCACCAACAUUACCAGCUUGUUUGGAAAGUAUUCCUUUAUCAUGGAAUACUAUGUAUAAUGCACCGGAAAAUUAUAGCUUUAAUUGA